CUCGCACCGCGCAGUCACAGCCCGCGCCGCCUCCUUCGCGAGUGUCGCUGCCUGCGUCUCCGUCACCGGGAAUUGCGCCCCGCGUCCUCCUCGCCCCGAGGCGACGUCACAAUUAGAGAGGACCUCGCGCAGAUUGGAAGGCAGCAGCAGUGCUUGACCCCCCCCCCCCCCCCCACCGCGCUGGUGAACUGGCGAGCGGAGCUGCCAUGCCAAUCGGCAAACCCAUCUAUCUCAAGACCCCCUUGUCGAAAAGGGGCCGCAAGGUUCACCUCCGAGAUAUCCUCAAACCGGAGAUGAUCAGCUCCCCCAUGGGGGAACUGCGACACCUGGCUCACAUCGGACGUGCCGGCAAGGCGGAUAUGUUCGGAGACCUCACUUUCCUCCAGGGCCGCUUUGACUUGGUGCCAGAUUUUCGAGGGCGUUUAUCAACUGCGAGCGAAGGCUACAUGGAUGGACGAGAGGCAGACCUGUCGGCCGAUCAGCCCAUGCUCAAGACCGCAGUGUCGCUGCCAUCCUUGAUCGAGCCUAUGGCCUUGCCGCAAGAGCACGAGGAGCACAGCGGGUCUGUGGGCGUGGCCUCCAAAGGAGCGCUGAUGCUGGCACCACCAAAGCCACCCCGGCUUUACCUGGACCAGGCUGCCGAUGAGGAUGAUGUCAAGUCCAACAGAAGCACAGAGGACAAUGAAGAGGGAAGUGCUUCCAUUGGCUGUGAGUCAGUCUUCCACGCAACAUCACAAGAUCUGCAUUCCUUGCCCACGAACGGAACAAUGAAUUCCUCACACCAGGAGUAUCAUGGCACCAGCGUUAGCAACGGACACAAUGUGGGCAACGAGCGACUUUCCGAGUCCCAAGACUCGGACGUGGAGAGUGAGUUGCCUGAGAAGAGUGCUGCAUUGCGGAGCAGUGGCUAUGGGCACGUCGCGAAUGGAGGACUCACAAAUGGGCUCGGGUUCCCAUGGGAAGCUCACCGAAACACAGGGGCGGCACCGCGGGUGGAUCGGCAGCAGACUUCCCCGCGCGCUUCGGAAGGACGUAAGGGCAAUGUGCACCCUCUCGUCAUUUCGCCGACCAAUCACAGAGACGGCCAAGAGGUGACCAAGCCAAGGUCGGGUUCCCUGAUUUCGCUGCAGCUUGACCUUGGACCAUCCAUGCUGGAAGACAUCCUUAGUGUCAUGGAGGACAAAAAUGAAGAUGCCAGCUAUAAUCGGCAAAGGCCCAAAACUUACAUCAUGUGAGAAAAGCUGGUUCUGUCGAAGUGUGUCAUUCAUUUUGAGAGAGUCAAGUACUGUAUUGGUGUUGGCAGUACAGUACUGCCAUGACUUUAUGAUUGCAUGGUACAUUCUGAAGCUUUCGCACACAAAAACAAUACUCGAGCACUCCUCGAAUGCCCCUUAUCAAACUAUUGUUUGUUAUAACUUUUGCCUAGAGGUUCCAAGCUUGCCUUUUGUACACUUACAACACAUUCAAGCAGCAGCUGUUGUUUUAAAUAUAUAUUACACAAAUAACAAAGUGACUUUAAUGAGCCUAAAUAUAUAUUGCCUACCUAAAUUAUAAACUGCAUGGGGCAAACAUAUAUGGAAACACAAUAAUGUUUUAGCUCCUCGGUGGCUGUUUACAACUCUAGAGGAGUCACGAUUGUCGUGCUGUUUUUAUAAUAUAUUUUGAAACUUAAUUAACAAAAGUAGAAGGAUGGAUGUUCUUAAAAUUAGAUGUCCCUUUGUGCGGUAAUGGGGGGUAAGGGGAACAGGCCUAAAAAAUGCAUGACACAUGUUACUUUAGGCUGUUAUUACCUUCCUGAAACCACCGGUUACUCCUGAGAAUGCGGCGUAAUAUCGGCUUUUGUAGGGUGCAUCUGGUGACCCCCACUUCUAUUUAUGUUCUCAGAUUCAUUGUGUCCUCUGUAGAGCACUGCGAGUGCACGAAGGCAUGGGCGCACGAUGCCAAGUGCGUUCCAGAAUUGCCGCACAGAGCGCACCCAACACUCUGUGGUGCAGACGCUGUAAAACGGCACGAUACAAAGAGCACUUUUAAACUCAGCUGUUUUACAAUUAGAAUGGCAGGCACGGGCGGAUUGCCAUCAUUUUACAAGUGGCAGUACGUGGAGGAAAUGUGGGAACAGGGAUGAGGCAAGGCUACAGAUGUUAUGGAUGAUUAAAUCGGCAUCUACUGCAUGGAGGAGCUGUUACUAAGGGGAUUUGACAUGAAACCGCUGUUUGAAUCCCUGCCUCAGAUUCACUUUGUUGUUUGUACCUCCCCCUUGGCUCCAGUGUACGUAUCAGCACUGAGCAAUGCUGUUUUUGUUAACGUAAUUAAUCUUAAUUAUAAUAUCUAGCACAGAUAUUUUGAGGGGAGAGAGUAAAGUUUCCUAUUCGCUCCCCAUGUCUGUCAAGUGGGGUGGGGGUGGCUAGAGACCCCCUCCGUGUUGCUGCCAACAAAGGCAGAUCAUCGGUGUUUUGGCCUAUAAGUACUAAAAAGUGUACAUGAAAUACAUAGUUAAGAAGUGAACAACAUAUUUAGCACAGAAAAUGAACCAAUCUACGUGACUUUACCGAAAGAUCCAAAGGAUAUGAAUUACGGCAGUCACGAACACUUUAAGUCGAGUAUAUAGCACAUUUUCUCGGAAUAAUUUAAGUGGUUAGUUUUGGGUUUUCUUUUUAAUACAUCUGUGUGUUUGUGUAUAUGUGAAAGAUGGGACUUUUAGAGCUGGAAAUAAAAAAAGAGUAUGCAUUCUUUAUUUUUCAAAACCCUUCAGUACUGCCCUCCAAAGUCUAUAAUAUGAUUGUUUUCUACAUUUAUGAGUAGAAGAUGGCGCUUCAAAACAGGAUCUUGUAGUUACUCCAGUGGCAGUUAUUUUGUGUCAUCUUCCAGAAUCGCUGCUUGCCUCAUAACUUUAUAAGCACAGUUGUGUAAGUGUACAGGAGUGAUACAAUUAUGAUGAUGAUCAUCAGUCAACAUCAGUCUACUGCUGGAUGAAGGCCCAUCCAAGCCAUCGCCAUCUCUCACGGUCCUGCGAUGUAACAGUGCACAUUGUCGCAAACUAGUCUCCUCUAUUGUGUCAUUUUACACUUGCAGUUUAAUUAAUAGCUGUGAACUCACAUUGUUGAGAGUAUAGUCUUCAAUCAUCAUUGCCACGAGCCAUGGUCUAUCCACGACUGGAAGAAGGACUCCUCAUGCUGUCGCCACCCGCCAUUGUCCUGCAAUGCCACAAUCCACCUCACUCCUGCACACACACUGAUCUCAUCGCUCCAAAUCAUUAAGUAAUUAUACACGUAUAGAAUAAGUUAAUUAUAUCAUGACUAAAAGGAAAGAAUUAAAAGUUGCUAAAUAAAAAAACUAAUUUUGUUGGUCAUUUAAAUACAUUUUCUGGACCCUUAUCAAGAGAAAAAAGUAUAAUGUUGUAUUAGUAUUGAUGUAUUGGGUAAUGCAGUACUGUACACAUUUAUUUUAAACAUGCAAUAGCUUUAAUCAAAUAUGUCGUUUGCGCGUGCUUGUCUCAACGUACUAUAUUUGCGUGUAGUGUAAUGUAUAGAGUCGAAAGGGGAAAUAUAUUUUAAUAUUCUGUACAUAUACAGAAUGCUGGAUUUAUGUGGCAUUAUCUUGCGGUGAAUCAUUUUACGACAAACAUGAUUGGCAAUAUGCGGCGAAUGCUUCUGUAAUGACUGUGUCGUCAAUGCCACUGCUCUUUGCUCUUCUGUACAGAACCUAUCCACUUUGAAUUACAUUUGCUGUGACUAAUGCAUAGCGUGCGACUGACUUUUGUGUUCAUAGAGGCAUUAAACCAGAAUCCAAUACUUCCUACCGCCAAUUGCCAGCACGGGAGGGUUGC